AGAGAGGAGAAGGAGAGGAAGGGAGAAGGGAAAGGGAGCAAUCGAGAGAAAGAGGGGUAAAGAGACGGCGAGUACAUGAGAGCAAGACAAAGCAAUGAAAUUCAUCAGAACCAUUUACAUCCUGUUCCUCUUUCCUGCUUUUAGGUUCAACAGCAGCUAUGAGGGGCUGGAAAAGAAGCUGAAGGAGGUUUUCACGGAGAGGACAGGAAUUUUACAACACCUUUCUAAAACAUCAAAGGAGCUGGACAGCAUAAAGGGUAACCUGCAGUCUCUAAAGAAUGAUGACGCUGUGCCCAAAAAGGAUGUGCAGAGAAUCUUGGAGCUCAGUCACAAGCAAAGGGAUGAGAUGAAGUCACUCCAGGCGGCUCUGAAGAAGCAACUGGAUGAUGCAGCUGAACGUGCAGAGAAGCAGCAGGCCACCAUCAAGUACUUAAAAAUGGAGAUGGAAAAGAAGACCAAAAUCAUCAAAGACCUGCAGCAAGAGAAUAAAAGCUUAAAGAACAAACUUCUGUCUGGGAACAAGCUCUGUGAAAUACAUGCAGAAGAGUCCAAAAAAAUACAAGCCCAAUUGAAAGAGCUGAGGUAUGGCAAAAAGGAUUUAAUUUUCAAGGGUCAGCAAUUGAUGGACCUGGAGAAUAAACUCAGAGUUGCCAAAGAUGAACUGGAGAAGGCCGCACUGGACAAGGAGUCACAGCUGAAAGCCCUGAAGGACACAGUACACAUCUGCUUUUCAUCUGUCCUACACAGCCAGACAGGAAGUUUACACAGAUUUCCAGAUACACCCACCAACCUGUUGAGGUAUUCUGCCCUGGCCAACAACUCAAGAGUCACCUUUCAACAGCCACAUGCAAAGGACAUUCCAAAAGUUCCCCGAAUCACAACAACAAGUAAAUUCCCAGUGAUCAGUGCGGUAAUGAGGAGAGAUGGCUCAGGACAGAAAGACUGCCAGAUGGUGAAGGUGGGAGCAGACUGUUCCCACAAUCAGACUGAAAGUAGAUCUGAGAUGAAAAAGAUGUUUGGAGACAGUCAAUCGAAGACCCCAGAGCAAAUUGGACAAGGUCAAGCAAGGACAUCAGAGGAAAGUGUGAAAACAGAUGGAGACCUAAAAAAGACACAAAUGGACAAAGACAACUAAGUGGAAGACUUGGCAGAUUUUCUGCAUUGUAAAAAUGAUGUCAGACCUUUUUAAGCCCCUCUUCAUUCACUGCGCUUAUAAGCACACUCAUUCACUCACACAGACAAACACACACACACACACACACACACACACACACACACACACACACACACUAACAAUCACACACACUGUAGGGCACGGACAAAUAUAAAAACUCAACCUUACACUAAUGUAGAAAAAUAAAUUCCCAGCUUUCAGUUUUGAACGUCCUUGAUAAAAACAUAAAAACAGCAUAGUAUGGCAUGCAUUAUAGAGUUUUACAAUUUGAUUUUAAAAGGUUUAUGACGGUAUUGGUUGUUUUUAAUAACUGUUAAUUUUUUCAUUUCUCUAUCUAUUUUGAUUUCAUUUCUCCUAAGGAAACAGUGUUCUUUGAUUAGUGUUUUUUGUAAUUAAAAACUGUCUCUGGCACCGCAGAUCAGAAUUUCAGUGUUAAGGGUUAAGGGUCAUUUCAGUUCUGUAAAUGUAUCUAAUCUUGUCAGAACAGCUUCUGAUAAAAAUGAACCGAAGGCAUUCUGUAAAUCUCCUGAAUUUGCUUUAUGGAAAAUUGAUCCCAACUUUGCUAAAAUGACUAAAAGUGAGCAAGAACUGUUUAAAAACAGCUCAAAUGUCCAGGUAUGGUUUGUCUCGUGUUGUAGCAAAGAUUAAUUUACUCUUCCUACUCCAUAUUAUGAGGUCUUACAGGCUCAAGUUGGCUGGCCAACUAUAACUGUUGAAUAUUUCGCAGCUUUUGGUGCCAGAAUUAAAGAGAAAAACCCGACUCACAAUGAGUCGUCUCACUAAGAAUGAUGUGCCAUGCACCGAGUACGUAAUCUAAUGCUACAUCUCUCUGUUUCUCUACCUUCUUGUGUCCUUUCAAUAAACCGUGAUUUUCGCUAAAUGUGUGCAGAAUAAAUGGUUAUUUGUGGAGUAAAACAACUGACUCGUCACUGUCCAUAUAUUUCAGCUUCCUUUGAGUUUACU